UUAGAUUCACAUCAAGACAAACCAGAUCGACGGUUAAAGUCCAUCCUUAGACCUUAAAAUAACCAACAAAGAAAGAGAAAGAUAAAAGAAGCAACUUUUGCUUAAAAACGCUUCAUUUUCAUAUUCGGUAUUUUAAUCUCCGUUCGGGAAUAAAGCUUAGAGUUUCAAUUUUGAAUCUGAAUUUCUGUUUUUGUUGUUAGAAAAAAAAUAUAGAAAUAUUAAGCAUGGCUGAAGUUUUGGGGAAGUCAAAUCUGUUUACAGCUUGUAACUAUAGUCAGAAGAAGAAUCAAGAAGGUGGCGUUCCUUUGUUUUCCAGGAGAAUCUCUGUGUUUUGUUUGAGAAAGAAUAGUUUUCCUUCUUUGAGGUUGGAACCUCAAGCUUUGAGGAGUGGUUUUAAUGGUCAAAGAGUGGUUUUUUUAGAGAAAAGAAGUCUAAAUGAGAGAAGGUUCUGUCGAGUUCCCAUUAAAGCACAGAUGCAAACUGGGCUUAUUGGUAAAACUCAAAAGUGGUGGGAGAAGGGGAAUCAACCAAAUAUGAAAGAAGUGACAUCUGCACAAGACCUGGUGGACUCACUUUUGAAUGCUGGGGAUAAACUUGUUAUAGUGGAUUUCUUCUCUCCUGGUUGUGGUGGCUGCAAGGCUCUUCAUCCCAAGAUUUGCCAAUUGGCAGAGAUGAAUCCGGAUGUGCAGUUCCUUAAGGUGAACUAUGAGGAGCAUAAAUCCAUGUGUUAUAGCCUUAAUGUACAUGUGUUGCCUUUCUUUAGGUUCUAUAGAGGAGCUCAGGGUCGUCUAUGCAGCUUUAGCUGCACCAAUGCCACGAUCAAAAAAUUCAAAGAUGCAUUGGCCAAGCACUCACCAGACCGAUGCAGCCUUGGGCCGACAAAAGGUCUCGAGGAGAAGGAGCUUUUGGCAUUAGCUGCCAACAAAGACCUUUCCUUCAACUACACACCGAAACCAGUUCAUCCUGCACCGGAAGAAAUUCCGGUGCUGAAAGAAGUUCCAUCCGGUUCAUCCUUCAGGCCAAAAGAAAGCGAGGAGAAGACCUUGAUUGGUGUGGGGAGAUGAUCGUCAGGGAUAGUUUUUGCCAACCCCGUUCCCACUGUACAGUUACUAUAGUACUAUCUCCAUGUUCGGUUUUCAUGUUCUAAUAUAUGUUCAUGUAAGAAAUGAACAACAUAGUAGAGGUGAAGCCAUUAGGUAUCGUCUUCCUUUUGGAGUUGCAGGCUAUUGGAUUUAUUUUUUGGGGAUCCCAGCCUGCUUGAUUGAAGCAUGUUUGAAGAGCAACUAGCUUUAUGUGUAUGUUAUGGUGGUUGUCAUUUUUAAGGAUAAACCACUUAUGUGAAAGUAAAAUAUAUGGUUCAUAUUGUAUGGUUUAAAAUAUUAUAGAAAAGUAAAAAGCAGUUUUAUAAA